AUUAUUGUCUCCUGUUGUACAGCCACACUGCUGCCAGUCCAGACGCUGCUUUUUGAUUGAAUUGUUAAUUAUUUACUUCGGCGAGCAUGCAAAUGAACCCGAGCGUCACAAUCGAGCGCAAACGUGUCGACUGCAGUGUCCUGCCAAAAGGAUGGCAGCGCGACGAAGUCCGCAAAUCAGGCAGCAGCGCUAAUAGCAACGCCAGCAGCAACAACAACAGCAGUAGCAACAACAACAACAAUAACAAGGUGGAUGUUUUCUACUACAGCAGUCCUACAGGAAAAAGGGUCGAGGGAAAGCCGCAGGACAUUGGAGUCUCCGAUUUUCAAACUGGCAAGAUGCAACAAAGGGCCCUGCCCUCGCCCUCCAUUUCGCUGUAUCGGUGCAGCGCCAUGCCUCUGCCGUUGACAAGUGGCGGGGGAAAUGGGGCCGCCACCGGAUCGGCAGCGAAUGCCCUUAAGCGCAAGUUCGCCAGGAGUCAAGGAGGCACUGCAGCUGCAGCAGGAGCUGCUGCCCCAGCGAUAACUACCCCAGCAACAGCAGCAUCUGCAUCCCCAUCAACGGCCAAUAAUCGCCAGCAGCAACAGAUCGAACUCAGCCGAGCCCUGCGCACAGACGUCUCCCUAGUGCCGCCCAUCCGACAGACUGCCUCGAUCUUCAAGCAACCGGUGACGGCGAUUCGUAACCACAGCCAGGAUCCCGCCAAGGGCAAGCCCGAUGCCAAGCAUGGCACUCAGGAGAAACCCAAGCAGUUGUUCUGGGAAAAGCGACUGGAAAGACUACGCGCCUGCCACGACAACGGCGAGGAACUGGACGACAUCUCACUGCCCAAAACCAUUCGCACCGUUGGCCCCAAUGUCGACGAACAGACCGUCCUCCAGUCGGUGGCCACAGCGCUGCACAUGCUCAAUACCGGCGUCCGCGGCCAGAGCUUCACGAAGGCGGACUUGACCAAGAAUACCAUGGCGUUCAUGGAUCCCGAACAGCCACUCAUGCACGCCGUGAUCAUCUCCGAGGACGACAUACGCAAGCAGGAGGAUCGGGUCGGUGUGGCGCGUCGAAAGCUGCAGGAUGCACUCAAGACAUGAGUGCAAUGGUUACCCCUCAUGCAUCUACCGAUUCCAUUGUAGACUCUAACAUCUCUAUCAUAUUGACCCCUAUUCGAAAUCUAUAUUUAAGACUAGUGUGUAAUAAAGCAAAACCAACUACAA